UAAUUGGAUGAAGAAUGAGUCAAUAUGGCUACCACAGUAGAAGAAGAGUCCCGUCCAUUCCUCAGAGAUCCCGACCCUUCUCCGACUGAUGGCUGCUGCAGUGGCUGCUACAAGUGCAUUGGGGCAGUUCUCAGACGAAUAUACACUUACUUCAAAUCCUACAGGCAUCUCUUGUUUGCUUUAUUCGGUGGUCAGGUCCUCUCCUGCCUCCUCUGUGGUACUGGCGUCACCAGCCAAGCCUUGGAGGAUUUCUAUGGGAUUGCUGUCCCAACUACCCAGUUAUUCCUAGUCUAUUUAGUAAUGGCUGUUCUCUUUUUCCCAGUCCUUGUAAUGAAGAGGGAUUUCUUGGAUGUAUUGAAGGAGAACUGGUGGCGGUAUAUUAUAUUGGGCCUCAUUGAUGUGGAGGCUAACUACCUGGUUGUAUUGGCAUACAAAUACACCACAUUGACCAGUAUACAGCUUUUAGAUAGUUUUACAAUUGUUACAGUUCUCAUUCUUUCAUUUGUGUUUCUAAGGGUCCGAUAUUUGAUAAUUCAUUUGAUGGGUGUUGCCAUGUGUCUGAUUGGUAUCAUAUCACUUGUAUUAGCUGAUCUCUCAACAACAAAAGAAGGCAACAAAGGUUCUAAUCCAUUGCUUGGUGAUCUAUUGUGCAUAUUUGGCUCAGUGCUGUAUGCUGUUAGUAAUGUAUCUCAAGAGUAUCUUGUUAAGAACCAUUCAGUCUUGGAGUGGCUUGGCUUUAUUGGAUUCAUAGGAUCAUUUGUCAGUGGAAUACAAUUGUGCUUUAUUGAAAGAAUAUCACUGGCCUCUGUAGCAUGGGACAGCUCUAGUAUCACUAAUCUCAUAGUGUUUGUUGUGUGUUUGGUUCUCUUCUAUACACUGAUGCCUUUUGUCAUGAAGGCAUCAGGUGCUGUGGUUGUCAAUCUCUCUCUCCUAACAUCUGAUAUCUUCACUCUUGUCUUUGGUAUCUUCCUAUUCAAAUUUCAUUUCUCACUGUUGUACAUACUAUCAUUCAUCAUUAUUAUUGUCGGUGUGUUUAUAUUUAACCUCAAACCUCCACCGGUUGCAAAGCCAAAGGUAGCCCUCAAAGACCUCAAGACUCGAUUUAAGGAAAUGAAACUAAGAAGAAGCGGAUCAGACCACAGAGCGGAGCUAGUGGGGAGUCGUGUUACUAGAAAUUUGAUAGGGAGUCACCCCCCGAGUGACCCAAGUGAGAGACGGGCUAUGUUAGUAAGGGGACCACUAGAAGCUGAGCUCUCUGGAAGAAGCUAUUCAACUCACUACUCACAAUCAAUGUCCUACUCUUACAGUCCAAAGAGAUCAACAGGAGGAGGAGCAACGGCAAAGCCUGCACAACCAGCUCAAAGCAAACUGGAGUUACCAUCUCGAAAACAACAAUCUAGUUAUAAGCAAAGGCUCAUGAAGGAUAAAGAGAGCGACAGACGGACUUCGAAAGACAACGGACAUUUAUUGACUGUAAAAAAUGAAGCAAAUGGAGUCAAUGGACACUACCCUGGCCCGCACGAUUAAACUUGUGUUAGUUUUAUUUUCAUGAUGACUUUGUCUGUAUUUAUUUUUGCGUGCAUUCACUGCAUUGUUUGUUUGUCAGUACAUGCAUAGUGUCUCUCUAUUUGCGUGUGAAUGAAUCAUUACUUUUCCAUGCCAUGUUGUUACAUAUUGAUUGAUUGUUAUUUUUGUUCAUAACAUUUUUCUAUGAAUAUCUUUGACCUAUGUA